AUGCAACCAACGACAUUGGCAUCUCGCUCGACUUCGUCCUCGCUCGACUUCGUCAUCUCCCACUGCUCUGCUUCCCCAGAGUCUGCAGGAUGCUCCACGGCUCUGAUUCUUUACCGAAUGGCCGCCAACUACUGGGAGUCGACGCAGAGGCGGCAUUGGCUGUUUACCAAGGACCAGCUGUCCAGCAUGCGACAGAAGCUCGACGACGAGAAUGCCGACCUCGUGCGCAUGUUUCCCGUGCCGCAGCCACGCCAUCUCGCCAUAUAUUUCAAUCAGCAACUACUCCGCCUGGCAAAACGCCUCAGCAUCCGUCAACAGGCCAUGGCGACUGCCCAAGUCUACCUGAAGCGAUUCUACAUCAAGGUCCCUGUGCGAUCCACAAACCCGUACCUCGUCAUAACAACUUCCCUCUAUCUGGCCUGCAAGAUGGAAGAAGCGCCGCAGCAUAUCCGUCUCAUCGUGACCGAGGCAAGGCAACUCUGGCAAGACUUCAUCGGCCUGGACACGUCCAAAAUCGGAGAGUGCGAGUUCUACAUGAUUAGCGAAAUGAACUCGCAGCUCAUCGUGCACCAGCCGUACAGGACGUUGACGUCGCUCCGGGCAGAAUUGUCACUGGUAGAUGAGGACGUGCAACUCGCGCGCUCCAUCAUCAACGACUCCUUCAACAGCGAUCUGCCGCUCCUGUGCGCACCGCACGUCAUCGCCCUCGUGGCCAUCUUUCUCGCGCUUGUCCUGCGGCCCAAUUCCGCCACUCUCGGCCAAGCAGGGGCAGGUUCUGCCGCCGCUGCCGGCCUCGCAGCCGCCCAAGCCGCCCUCAGCCAAGCCGCAAGGGGCAACGGCGGCAACCGUCACGGCCUGCCCGAUCCCCCUUCGGCUUCGGACUCCAAGGAGAAGCAGCAAGAGGCCAGGAUAUCCAGGGUUCAGCAUUUUGCCGCCUGGUUAGCGGAGAGCACUGUUGAUAUCGCGGCCAUGGUUGACGCCACCCAGGAGAUGAUUUCCCUGUAUGAGUUUUACGAGCAAUACAAUGAAAAAAUGACGCGAGAGCAAAUCAACCGCUUUGUCAAGGCGCGGGGCUUGGAUAAAUUCUAG